AUAACGCCAUGUGUCUAUGUAUGGUGCACAAGUUCAGACUAUAUAAACUGUGUAUCCACAGGUCUGGAAAUUUCCUUUAGUUUUAAUUGGAAAAUAUGCUGAAUAUAAGUUGUGAGGUUUGUAAGUAAAACAAGGCUUUGUUGCGGGUUUUUUCAUUGAUUACCCCGCAAUGGAAGCACAUAGUGCUGACAAUAAUAAUGAACCAACAACGAGUGACAUUCAAUUUCAACUGGUAGUAAAACAUGAUGAAACAAAUAAUAUUCCAUGCUGUGCACCUGGAAUGGAUAUUCAAUGCCUCAAGAAUCGUAAGAACAAACCACCUAAUCUACAACUGAUAAACAAACACAAUACAACAACAGAUGAGCUGUGUGUUGGUGAAGAUGAUACUUCAUCAUGUGAGUCAUCACCAUUGGUGACUUUACGUAAGAAGGUAACGAAGACCCUGGAUGCGGGAGCAGCGAUUAACUCACCGAUGGUUAAACGGUCGUCCCGCCUCGAUCAAAUUCUUGAGAUUCCCGAUGUUGCCGCUGCGUUGGUUCAUGAUGAAGGUUAUGAGAUGUUGAUGCAAACCAGAAGGAUUAGUCGGGGUAUGACAGAUCAUACAUCAGUAGCUGGAAGGCCACAAACACCUAAAGUUCCUCCAGCUCAGUUUUCAUUCGAUAAUGAUACCGUUGGUGGCGGCGAUAGUGAAUCAACAUCAAGCUGCGAAUCUGUCGUCACCAACAUAGUGGGCACACCUCCCCCUAAUAAACCAUUACAUGCUUACUUCAAUGAAACAUCCCGUGUAGAUAUUGGGGCAAACAAAUCACCAACUAACUUACCAUUAGACCUCAUCGCAGACAACACCAGUGUGUCGAAAUUGUUUGCAUCCACACAUUCGAUUGAUGAUGAUGCAAUGACCAACACUCGAAAGUUGUCGCAAAAGCUCUCAGCUAGCGACAGCAACACCAGCACCCCGAAACCCACGCCCAAAUCUUCCCGUAAAUUCUUCCAGCGUUUAAAAUCGAGCAUAAGUCGCUCAUCAAGUAGCUCAAGUAUUGAAGGAUGGGAAUCAUUGUCACGGGCACUGGCUCGUGUUGGAACAAAAUCCAAGGGCAAUCCAUUAACCCUAACAUCGAUAUUAAAGACACGUAUUGAAAGUCAUAUUUCCGAUGAUUCUGUCACUCAGGACCCAGCUGUGAAGCCAUCCAUGCACAAGAAAACCGUUUCAUUCAGUCGUUUACCGAGUGAGUCUUGUGUGAAGAAUGCAUCGGAUUGUGUUAACCUGAUGCAAGUUGGUCAUCAGUUCGUUAAAAUGAGGUCUAACUCACGAGUGUACAACCGAUUAUAUUGGCUCGAUGAUGUUUCAAAUUGUUUACGUUGGGAGCCAUCGAAGAAAGAUUCCGGCAAAGCUCGCAUUGAUGUUUCAUCGAUUCGUGAAGUUCGACCUGGAAAAACAACGGAACUUUUCCUUAGCUCCGAUAUCUCAGCUCACUUUCCUGAUGAAUGUUCAUUCUCCAUCCUGUACGCUGAUGUUAAAACACUUGAUCUUAUCGCUAACUCACCAGAUGAUGCAAACGUUUGGAUUACUGGUUUGCGAUGUUUGAUGAACGGACAGGACAUGGAUGGACUUCGAAUGCGAACGGAUCAUCGUGACUCAUGGUUGGGUUCAACGUUCGAUGACGCCGAUAUUAAUAAAGAUGGAUAUCUCGAUGAACAAGAAUCAUUCAAACUUAUAACUAGUUUAAGUGAUGGAGUUCGUGAGCUGCAGGUGAAACAAAAACUACAAGAACAUCUUCAAUUGAAAGGAACUUUAAAAUCUGUUUUAAGUCGAGAUGAAUUUAUUGAAAUAUUUAAGGAUGUUGCUACCAGACCUGAGAUUUACUUUCUAUUGGCUCGUUAUUCAAGUGGUGACGACAGAUUAACUUUGGAUGAUCUGCAUUUGUUCCUCGAGUCAGAACAAGGAAUGACCAACAUUGACAGCGAAUAUUGCAAAUCUCUCAUCCAUGAGUUUGAACCUUCACUUACUAUGAAGAAAAUGUCAGCCAUGGGUAUCGAUGGUUUCACAAGGUUCCUCAUGUCCGACAGAUGUUGUGUGUUUAACCCCGCCCAUAACAAGGUGUGCCAGGAUAUGAACUUUCCAUUAUCCCAUUAUUUUAUUGCAUCAUCACACAACACAUAUGUAAUGGAGGACCAAGUUAAUGGGCCGAGUAGUGUUAGUGCUUAUGUUCGAGCAUUACUCAGAUGUUGCAGAUGUGUUGAAUUAGAUUGUUGGGACGGUGAUAAUGGUGAACCAGUUAUUACACAUGGACAUACACCUACUAACAAAAUUUCCUUCCGUCAAGUUAUCGAAGCAAUCAAUGAAAGUGCAUUCCGUAACUCCCCCUACCCUGUUAUAUUGUGUAUUGAAAAUCAUUGCAGUGAAUUGCAACAACUCGUCAUGGCAAACGACCUUAAACAAAUUUUUGCAGACAAAAUAUAUACAGAGAACCUCGCGAAGGGAUCUUCUGAACUCCCAUCCCCCGAAUCUCUCCAACGUAAGAUCCUCAUCCGAGGUAAGAAGUUACCACUAGAGUGCGAUGAAGAGGUUGGAUACGUCACAGAUGAGGACGAGGGAAUGGAGGUUGAUGAUCAGUCACCCGCCUCCCCACCCAUCCAUGUUGAUACUUCAUCACACACAAGUAGCGAGGGGGAUUGUAAACGAGCGCUGGUGCGCGACUUAUCCAACCUAGUAUCGAUAUGCACGUCUGUUCGGUUCAGUGGUUUCGCGACACAUGAACGUAUUCAUAAAUGCCAUGCAACAUCAUCCAUCCAUGAACAGGAAGCAGCAAAACUUGUUGAAAACGAAGCUGGAGAUUUUGUUAACUUUACUAAGAAAUUUCUAACACGAGUUUACCCCAGUGGUGUACGGAUGGAUUCGAGUAAUUUUAACCCGCAAGAUUUUUGGAACUGUGGUGUCCAGAUUGCUUCACUUAACUACCAAACACCAGGUCUUAUGAUGGACAUCAAUGAUGGAAGGUUUGCAAUGAAUGGCGGAUGUGGUUACGUGCUUAAACCAAGUAUUAUGAGAGAGAAACUUGCAUACUUUGGUAGCGAACCACGUGACACUAUACCAGGGGUGGCGCCAAAGAUCCUUCACUUAAGGAUAAUCAGCGGACAAAACUUUCCAAAACCCCGGGGUGGAGGAGCCAAAGGUCAAGUUAUUGACCCCUACGUGUUGAUUGAAUUGUUCGGAUUGCCCAACGAUUGUUCGGAACAAAGGACUCGAACAGCACCGAAUAAUAGCGGGGAUUCCCCACUAUUUGAUGAGUCAUUUGAAUUUCGACUUAGUUUGCCCUCUCUCGCCCUCGUGCGGUUUGUUGUACUAGAUGAUGAGUUUAUUGGGGACGAAUUUAUCGGUCAAUAUACGAUACCGUUCGAUUGCUUACUACCCGGGUAUCGACACCUUCGUCUACGUUCAAUAUUCGACGAGCCUCUUGAGAAUGCGACCUUGUUUGUGCAUGUUGCGAUCACCGACACCGAUAAUGUUCCAUCUACGUUCACUGGAUCAACCGGCACUCCAACCAACUCCAUCAAUAUACGAGGGGCUGGUAAACGUAGCAGCUCGGGGAAGAAAACGAGGAAAUCUCGCUCCAAGAAAGAUGGGGAAGCAACCACGUUAAAGGAGGUUGGGUUACCUGUGGUUGAUGAUAUAUUUAAAGCUGCAUUCUCCCCGCUGAGGAGCGCUAUGAACCUCGUCGACACACAGCGCUGGUCGCUUUCACAUUUCCGUGAGACUUGUGGUAUGGCCCCGUUUGCUACUGUUAAGCAGUGCAUAAGAGCUUUGUCGCAACGACUACGAUCUGACACCGACUUAUCGGCGACUAAUCGGCCGAAAAGGAAGCACUCAGUUGCCGCAGACGGCGAACGAACCGACGAUGCUUUGUCUAAAGCCGAGAUGCGACGUCGAGCUGCGACAGCCGAUGCAACAACAGCUCGACUUAAACGACAAGCAUCCGACGCCUCACAGUCAUCCACUGAAUCUAUCCACACAACACAACAAGUGUCCAUUGUCGUUCGUAAUCUAAGAUUGUUACUUGAUAUACGUGGUGUUGCAGCAACCAAUGAAACUUGGAGAAAAACUGCUGUAGCUUUCGAAUCUUUAAUCACCGACACACAAGCAGUUAUAGACAAAGGUGUCAUCGUAUCCGAGGCUUUGUCAGCUGUUUAUAAGAAAGCGGCAAAAAUACACGAGGAUUUGCCAUCGUUGUUAGAAAGAGGAGAUUCGGUAUCUGAUCCAUCUGUUGAUCUUCCCAAUGGAUCAAAGAAACAGAAAUCGAACCUCAAGAAAAAGUCGUCGACAGGUGGUGACCUACAGCGCCGCAUGCGGAUGAAUGUUGAGGAGAACUUUCGUUGGAACUGUAGCGUGGUGAGAGGUUCAUGUGACAUGCUGUCCCACUAUCGGACUGAAGCACAAACCUUACUUGAUAAUGUAUGGAGUGCCGCCAUACAGUAUGGGCUGGCAAACAAAGAUGAAAAUACGUCUAAUAUAAACGAAGUUAAAUCCGAAGUUGAAACUAAUAGUAACGGCAACAAUAACUCUCCUUCUCAUAAACCCACCACCCCAACCUCCCCACACUCCACCAAAUCAUCAACUAAGGGUGUGUCAGCAUACCCGGUCACCUUAUUGUGACGUAACAAUCAACCAACCAUUGACGGUACAUAAGCUGUGACGUAACAUGACGUCAUCUACCUCUUACGUCACCAGAAGUAGCCAUGACGUCACACGGGGACCAACCAAUCACAUACGUAGGAUAAACAUACGUCUUUCUGCCAUUGAAGCAACCCAGCACUUCCUGUUGUUUUUAUUUAUUUAUUUCUGACUAUAGUAAGUAACGAGCAGUGUUUAACUGAACGUGUUAUACUUUUUAAUUUCCACUUUUAUCAUGCAGUGAGUCUGUAAACCUGUGUACUCUUAGAAGGUGUACCAAGGGAACAUUUAAACAAACGAUUGUAUUAUCUCACGCAAUUAUUCCACGUAACUUUAUUUUUUUAACGAUUUAAUUCUAUUUCCACAAUGAACUAUAUGCAAUGGGGAACUCGUCCGAUGUAAGGUUAAACAACCUAUGUCGGUUCUCUCUCGCUUAAUUUUUUCCCAGCCUAAUUUCUUCGACGCAAAGCGAAGUAAAACUGCUGGUGGACGGAGCGAUCAAAUGUUGUCUUUAGUUUUAUUUUUUACGUUGUAAUUAUCUCGGUUAGAAUUCGUAUAUUAUUAGCAGCACAACCGUUGUUAUCGUCGUUCUUUGCUUCCGAGUUCCAACAUAUAUUCUAUAUCAAGAAAUAAACGUGCGCAAAGACCAUGCA